UAAAACUUAAAAUAGCUCGUCUGGAACUACAAACCCCAGAAGGCUUUUCGCCGAAGUCAUUUGACCCCUGACCUCAGGAAGCCAUUUGUUGCCAAGCAACAGCAACUCCUACCGGCUUGCAACAGUUGGCGGUAAAACUGCUCUAGGCGGCGAUAGGAUCAUGUGCGAGGGCCCGUCCCGCAUCUCUGGACCCAUCCCCCCAGACCCUACACUCUGCCCGGACUACUACCGGCGGCCGGCCUCGGCCCAAGGGCGCCUGGAAGGAAACGCGCUGAAGCUGGACCUGCUGACUUCAGGUCGCGACCUGGACUCCAGUCCUCCUCGUGGUCCCCGCAUCAGGCCUGGAGCCCGAGAGAUCCUAGAGCGUGGCCAGCGAGGCGUGGGGGACGUGCUGCUGCAACUGGGGGGCAUCUCCCUUGGUUCAGGGGUCUCUCCUAAGAGGAAGGAUCCAAAAUACCAUGAGAAGGAAAACCUGAGGCGGAUCAGAGAGAUUCAGAGGCGCUUCCAAGAUCAAGAACGCAGCCGGGAGCAGAGCCAGCCUAAGCCCUUGAAGGCACUGUGGCGCUCACCCAAGUAUGACAAUGUGGAGUCUCGAGUCAAGGCCAGGAUGAAGGAGCCUGGCCCUGCCUCUGUGACAGAGCCUGCCCACUUCCUUCGGGCACACUCCCGCUGUGGCCCUGGGCUCCCACCAUCCCGUGUCUCCAGUCCUCAGCUCAUCCUGCCAGGUCCCAAAGCUAAGGGGCCAGGCCUAGGUGUGGAUUUCAUUAGUCACAAUGCCCGAGCUGCCAAGAGAGCCCCCAGGCGCCGUUCCCGCUCACUGCAGGUCCUCGCACAAGUUCUGGAACAACAGCAACAAGCCCAGGAGCACUACAAUGCCACACAGAAAGGCCACGUGCCCCAGUACUUGUUGGAGCGCAGAGAUCUGUGGCGGAGGGAGGCUGAAGCCCGCCAGCACAGCCAGCCAGACCCUGCCAUGCCCCCUGGCCACGUACUCAUGCCUGAGAAUCAGAGGCUAGAGACACUGAACAAUCUGCUCCAGAGCCAGAGCAAGCUGCUACGUGAGCUGGUACUGCUACCUGCUGGGGCAGACUCUCUGAGAGCGCAGGGCCACCGUGCUGAACUGGACCGGAAGUUGGUGCAAAUAGAAGAGGCUGUCAAGAUCUUUUCCCGACCCAAAGUCUUUGUGAAGAUGGAUACCUAAGCCCUGCCUUUGUGGGUAGAGUGACAGGGAGAUCCAUGCUGAGGAUCACCACAUGGCUACAAAGGGCAAACUCAAGCCCUGUCAUAGUUCCAAAGACAAGGGCAUUGGGGUGGGCAGUUUCUCUAAAGUACUUCCUAGUCACCAGUAGCUGCAGAAGGGCCACCCAGCCUUCCAACACCUAUGUCAAAUUAAACGUUUUGUAUACA